AGAAGUGCGUAUGCUCGGGUGUAAUAAUUCAGUGAUUUUAAUGAAAGUGAACGGAAAAUACUAGGUAAAUCGUGACUUUCUUCAACUAAAAGUGUAAAGUAAAAAUGUAAAUAUAUUUAGUGGACCAUAAAUUAAAUUAAAUACUUGCAAAUAACAGAUACUGCCAACAAACGUGCCUCCAUUUAUAAUACAUACAAAGUAAUUGUUUUGAUAAGAGCGAUCGACGCUGCAGCUCCGUAAUCACACACACACACACACAACACACAUACUGCUCAGCGCCCAAAGGUGAAAAGGAGCUGGUGACUGCGUCAAUUAUAUUUUCCGUUGUGAAUGAGCUUGCAACAUAUGACAACUAUAACAUGAACAGCAGCAACAACAACAACACCGCAUUUGGACUUUGUACGUCGUCGCAAAAACAAUUUACGAAAAAUAUUUUUUAAAAAUUUGAUAAAAAAUCAAGUCGUCGAACCGGUUCAUUGCAUAGCGUUCACUUGCGCGAUAAAGCAAGCAAACACAAAAAUAAACAAAUCGUAAAAUCAUACAUCAAUGCAAGCGGUAUAUACAACAACAAUUACACACACGUAUAUCGCCCAAUCUACUAACUGUGCAGAGGCGGUGACGCGAGCACUGUAACGAAAACAAAACCAACAACCAUCUACAAAAGGCCAACAAAGUGACAAGCGCUUCACAGAGCGGACGAUCGCUUAGUCGCGCCGCAACACCCAAACAUUACAGACGCGUUUUGCUCUAGAGCCCAACAGCAUACAAAAGAAUCGUCGAAGAAUCGUUGAAGAAACGCCAGUCUUCAAAUUAACCAAAUCAAUCAGAAAUUGUCUGUCUUCCAAAAUAAGAAAAAUAAGUGUCCCGUGAUCUCAAGUUGUCAAAAAGUGUAACUUUUCGCGUUCACUGUGUAUAACCGCGCGUCAAAGGACCCACUGAUAUUUUAUAAAUUUAGAAACCGAAUUUUUAAGUGUUUUGUGAGUUUGCGGUCCAAAAAUUUGUGUUAAAAUGCUGCGCCAUUUGAUGCGUUCCGUGAUGUUCGCGCAGCCUGUGCAGUCCGCCGUGGCCGCCGCCUCGUCCGGCGCGCGCAGUUUGAGCACGGCCGCCACCACGCUGCCGACACAGCAGGAUAAACUCGUAGUUUACACUGAAGAGGAGGGUUACAUCAGGCAGUCGCCAUUCGAUCCCGUCGAGCCGGUCAAUCUGACAGUGGACAAAUACGUGUGGCGGGAUUUCAAGAAGUUCGAGAAGGACAUAGCGACGAUUUGCGUCGUCAGCGGCCGCCAAUAUACUUACGCUCAGUUGCGCGACAGCAGCGCCGCCUUUGCAGUACGCCUACAGACCAAAUUUAAACUUGGACAGGGUGAUAUCAUCGCAAUUUGCUUGCCAAACCUGCCGGAAUACCCGAUUGCCACACUGGGUGCCAUAGAAGCGGGUCUAACGGUGACCACAGUCAAUCCACUCUACACAGCUGAGGAAAUUUGCCGCCAACUGCAGCUGAGCGAUAGCAAGUUUGCUGUUGUCACGAGUCUGGGCUAUGGAGUCAUGAAAGAAGCCUGCGAGCUGGCAGAAAAGAAUCUGCCCAUCGCUGUCAUACGCUUUCAGCCAGAUGAGAAGUUGCCCGCCGGUGCCAUAGACUUCUUCGAACUGAUUAGUCCGCAAGAUGUUGACUACUCACAGUUGAGGGAUUACGACAUCGAUCCCGACAGCGUGGUAUUCCUGCCAUUCUCCUCCGGCACCACUGGUAUGCCGAAAGCAGUGCAGCUCACACACAACAACAUCACGAUCAAUGGCGAACAGCUGGAGUUGCCGUACGGUUUCAGACAAUCCGGUAGACAGGAAGUUUUACCCGGCAUUUUGCCAUUCUUCCACAUUUACGGACUCAAUGUCGUAAUGCUGUCGAAGAUAGCGAUCGGCGCUAAAUUGAUAACAGUUCCUCAGUUCCGUCCAGACGAUCUCGUCAAAGCCCUGUGUGAAUACAAAUCUACAAUGCUGAACGUAGUGCCGCCGAUUGCACUCUUCAUGAUCAACUACCCGAAGUUAACGCCGGAAAUGGUGCCCGAUCUGCAAUAUGUGUUCACCGGCGCUGCGCCGAUCACCGAAAACGACAUGCAGCGUUUCAUGAAAAAAUUCCACAACACGAAAUUCCUGCAGGGCUUUGGCAUGACCGAAACAUCGCCGCUCGCACUGCAGGUGUCGCCGAACAACACGCGCUUUUCCUCCGCUGGUGCGCCGGCAUCGAACACCGAAGGGAAAAUCGUUGCCAUCGGCUCGGAAUGUCACAAGGGUUUGGGACCCAACACCACAGGCGAGAUUUGUAUACGCGGCCCACAGGUAAUGAAGGGCUACCUGAACAACGACGAAGCCAAUGCAGAUAUCUUCUUACCGAACGGUUGGAUGCGCACCGGCGACGUUGGUCAUUAUGACGAAGAGGGCUACUUCUACAUCACCGAUCGCAUCAAGGAGCUCAUCAAAGUGAAGGCCUUCCAAGUGCCGCCUGCCGAGUUGGAGGGUAUACUACGCGAUCACCCGAAAAUCCUGGAGGCCGCGGUCAUACCACGACCCGAUGAGUUGGCUGGCGAACUGCCACGCGCCGUCGUUGUGUUGCGCGAAGGCACAAAGGCCACCGAGGAAGAGAUCUACAAUUACGUAGCCGAACGCGUGGCCGAAUAUAAGAGACUGGAUGGUGGCGUUAUAUUCACUAAUGAGAUACCGAAAAGUUUGACGGGGAAAAUAUUGCGCAAACAAUUGCGAGAGGUCUACUCGAGCUAGAUGCCGCUGCAAUGUGGCUGCUUUAGGUUAGGAAAUGUGCAGCUCUUUAAAUGAUAUUGGCAGUUUUACAACUUCAUUUCGACAAUAUUUCAUUAAGACAAUCGGGUAACGAAAAAGCUGCGCAAGCUGUCGCUGGAAGAGUUGGGAGCGAUUUGUUGCAUUUCAUAGUUAUUAAGUGCCGUUGCAAUAACGGUGUUUCUAUAUUCCCAUUCAGUUGAGGACUGGCUCCCACGGACGAACGGUGCCAGAAGAAACCGGAUUUUUAGUGUUAUCAAGGAUGUAGUUAGGCUAGGCUUUUGUAUGUAUGUUUAGGUGUUUGCUUAUAUGUCUGUUUAUGUAAUUAUUUUAAUGCAAUUUUUAGGUAAGAACCAUAUUUUUAUUUAUUUAAGACAUGUGAAACUGUACAAGAGCCGUUCUAGCUCUGUAUUUUUAACAUUAUUGACGAUACUCCAGUUUGUAUUAGAAGAAAAGUCUUAAACUUAUACAAAAGUUAGCUUAGCAUUAAAGCGAAUUUUCUACAAAA